AUGACCGACUCAAACGGCCUAGCCACCUUCGACACCAUUUAUCCCGGCUGGUAUAUUGGCCGAGCCACUCACAUUCAUCUGAGAGUUCGUUUCGGCGGAGUGAUUGUCAACUCAACUGGCUUCUAUUUAGAGGGGCACAUCUCACACACUGGCCAGCUCUUUUUUAACGAAACACUCACUGAUCUCAUUGCUACUCAGGCUCCGUACAGCAGUCACAAUAUCACACGAACGAGAAUUGAUACCGAUGGUAUUUACCAACAGUCAAAUGGGGCCCUGCAACUGGUCUCGAUUCAAUACAAAAAUCCAACGGUUGGAUUACGCGAAGGAUUAGUUGGAAUAGUAACAGUUGGCGUACAUUCAAGUAGUACGCCUGAUAAUAACAAUAUGGGUGGAGGAGGAACAAGACCGCCGCCGUUUAUUGCUUCGUUAUAUUUUACAUUUGGUGAAUGUUAUGUAUAUUUGAAGAAUUAUAAAUUAGCUAUUGAUUAUUAUACAAGAGCAAUUUCAAUUGAAGUUGAAAGUAGUCAAAUCAAUUAUAAACGUUUAGAAUAUAUUGAUAAAACUAUAGUUAAAUGUAUUGAAAGUCAUCGAUAA